CAAUUCUCACAUGAAAUAUUUCUUUGGCAAAAUAUUACAAGCAAUAACAUCUAUCUCUAUUUGGUGGUAGAAAAUAAUCAUUGAUUUGAUUGAGAAAAUUCGGAACUGCUGCAACAACAAGAACAACAAGAACAACAACAGCAACGAAAAAAAAAGAUUUCUAUUUGUAUUUUUUUUUUUGGUAUUUGUGUAUGAAUUAUGUCUGAAGAAGAUGCUUAUGAAAGUUUUUGUACAACCAAAAACGACAAUAACAACAACGACCAUCAUUUUUGCGACGUUGACAACAAUAAUAUUAUUGAUAUUAGAAGCAAUAACAACAAUAGCAACGUCUUGAUUGAAUUAUCACCAUCAUCAUCGUCAUCAUUAGAACAGAAAAACGAUAACAAUACAGCAGCAGCAGCAGAUAUACGAAAAAAUUCUAUCUAUAAUUCAAAUCAAAAACGUUAUCGUUACGUUACUGAAAAUAUUGAAAAUUCCAGAAUUUUAGAUACAAAUAUAAUAAAUAGUGGUGAAAAUAAUAUACAAAUAGCUAUUGAUUCAACAAAUAAUAAUAAUAUUGAUCAAUUAUUACGUAAAUCUCGUACAUCAAUCAAUUCAUCGUCAUCAUCAACUGAUUAUAAUGAUGAUGCCAUUGAUAAUGAAAACGACGAUAAUGAUGAUGAUGAUGACGAUGGUCCAAAACGUAAACGUAUUCGUAAAAAUUUAUUAAAUACAAGUAGUAAUAGUGAUAAUAAUAAUAAUCAUAACCAAAAAGUCAACGUUGAUAACAACAACAACAACAACAACAACAACGCCCAACAAAAAUCAACAACAAUAUUGAAACAAGAUAAUAAUAAUAAUAAUAUUAAUCUAAUUAAUAUGGAAGUUCGUUUUCUCGUUUCUAGUCGUGAUGCAGGUGCCAUUAUUGGUCGUGGUGGUUCCAACAUAACUCAUCUUCGACAAACUUAUGAAUCAUCCAUAACCGUGCCCGAUUGUCUUUCCCCAGAACGAAUAUUAACGAUCGUGGCCAACGUGGAUAAAAUAAUUAAAAUUGUACGAGAAAUCUUGAAAUUUAUUGAUUCAACAAUAUCACCAUCAUCGAAUUCAUCAAUUACAUCAAAUUUGUUGCGUUCGAGAAUUCCGGUGAACAAAACCAAUCGUAAAACAUCGAUACCGGUUAUCGGUAGUGACCAACGAUCAUCUUCUCGUAAUGGCUCAUCGUCAUCAUCGACAACAACAACAACAAUGGCUACUAAUAGCCUCUGUGAAAUAAGAUUAUUAUUACAUACAUCACAUGCUGGUGGAUUGAUUGGUAAAGGUGGUGCACGUAUUACACAAUUACGAGAGGAAACUAAAGCCGGAAUUAAAGUAUAUUCAGAAUGUUGUCCACAAAGCACUGAACGUGUUUGUGCUGUAACCGGACCAAUUGAUAUUGUUACGAAUGCCGUAGGAAUUAUCUUGAAUCUUAUUCGAACGUUUCCGAUCAAAGGACCAAAUCAGCUAUAUAAUCCGGCACAUUUUGAUCCAUUCAUGUCAUUACGUUAUGGUGGAUUUGGUGAAACAACUGCUGGACCGCUUACAUCUGGACCACAUUGCACACAACAAUCUGUUCAUCCACCACCACCAGUUUCACAUCAUGAACCAAGCCGAACAAACAGUAUAUUUACACCGCCACCGAUUCCACCACCACCACCGACACAAUAUCAUCAUCCAGCACCACCGAUUCAUCAUCCACAUGCACAUCAUCAUCAUGCUCAUCCCCAUCCGCAUCAUCAUCAUCAUCCAUUCUCGUCUCCAUCUGCUACUGGCAGUCGUCAUUUGUCAACAUUAACUAAUGGACCACCACCAUCUCAAACUCAUCAUCAUCAUUUAAUGGAUCAUGGCCGUUCACCAUCUGAUUUCGGGGCGACAUCACCAUCAUUUUUGGCAGCUGCUGCUGCUGCAGCUCAUCAUCAUCAUCAUUGGCCACAAGCCGCAAAUACCUGUCCAGCAGCUGGCAGUAGCGGUGUAGGUGGUGGCCGUAUGGCAACUAUACGUGCGGCAGCAGUUGCGGCUGCUGCUGCUGGAAAUUCUGGUCCAUUAACCGAUGUAUUCGGUACGACCAGCGAUGAUCCAUUCCGUUGGAUUACAGAUGCAAAACAUUAUGAUACAAAUCGUCUUCAAAAUACAUUAAUGAAACGUGAUGACGUGUCAUUCAUUAUUAAUCCGAAUGGCACAGCUAUUUCAACGAUCAAAGUUAAUCAUAAGGUUGUCGGUGCAAUAAUUGGCCGUGGUGGUAAUCGUAUCAAAGAGAUUCGUAUUAAAACACAGGCCGAUAUUUCGAUUGAUCAAAUGAAGAGUAGUGGUGGUGGUGGUGGUGGCAAUACAUCAUCAUCCGCCGGUAGUACACGUUCGAUUACGGUAAAAGGACUAUAUAAUGAUGUUCAAGCAGCCGUAUCGAUGAUUUGUAAUUGCAUUGAUGAGAAUCAAAAUAUUUGAUUAUAAUAUUCAACAACAUCAUCAUCAUGUACUCAUUGUUUGUUCGGAAUCACUUUUUGAUGCUUACACUUUCCACAUAUAUGAUGGAUCUCUCUACACAAUUUAAAUAUAUUUAUUAUAUUAUGGAUCUGUCUAUUAUUCUUUGGCCGUGUCUCUGGUAGUCAAAAUUGAAUAUUCUUCUCCCCUUUUUUUCUGUUUUCACACACACACACACACGCACGAAUACUGAGAAUUACAAAAUUGUUCAAUGAUGUAUCUUCACAUAACAUUUUUCAAACUCUAUAAUAUUCUUCUUUUUAUUAUUUGCCAGGAAUUUUACAAAUCAGAUUUAUAUUUAUUUAUUUUUUUUCUGGUUUCUAGGG